AUGAGCUCUCCGGCGAGGUCGACCGUCUCGGCGGCGAGCGCAGGGGCCGGGACCGCGAUCCCCGCCGCGGACGACGUCGCGGACUCCAUCGACGCGCUCUACCGCAUGGACGAGGCCAUGACCGAGCUCCGGUCGGAUGUGAUGGAGGCGCUGCAGAAGGAGGUCAGGUCACUCGACGACAACAACUGGAUGUUCGCCGCGCCGCGCUCCCGCAUCAACCUCGUCUCCAAGCCAGGUGCUUACCUGCGCAAGCCACAGGGGAAAAUUGCGGAACUGGAUCAAGCACCCAAGAAGACAAGGAACUGCUAGUGGAUUUUAUAGCAGACUAGAUUUUCUGAAGGCUCCUCUGUCCGUAACUCUGGAUGUCCAUCCAGGCUCUGCUUUUAUGGGCUGCCAUCUGGUUUCAGUCACUUGUAGUUGCAUUCUGCUAAAUCAUUUUUUACUACAUGCUAGGAUAUUUAACAGACCAAAGUAUAAUGGUGCUGUUCAUGAUUUUGUUAAGCCAUUUUCAGGUGAAUGCUAGGAUUUACAUUUAAGUAA